AAAACCAGCUUUAAUUUAGAAAAGUAAUUGACGAAAAAAGAUGAGAAAAAGAGUGAUUGAUUGGAUUUAGAGAAAAAUCAGAACAAUUGCAAUUUGAUAAAAAGAGGAUUAAAUUCAUAGAGAUUGAAAGAAAAUAGAGGGAAACAAAGUAUAUCAAGAAGAACCCUUAAAAAAAAAAGUAUAUCAAGAAGAAAAGAGAGAACAUCGGAAAGAAGGAGGGGAUACUAAAGGAAGAGGCUGACUAUAAACCUAUUGCCCCAGCUAAAAACGACAUCGUUUUGAGCUCGGAGUAUCAUGCUCACAGUCCUGCGGGAGUAAGAUAAAAAUUGCACAAGGAUACACGAUGCAUUUGAAAGUUUUUAGGAUACGCAUUUUUCCAAAACCUAAGGGAUAUACGGAACAAUUUCCCAAAUAUAAAAUAGAAAAGAAAAAAAAAAAUCUAAAGGCAAAAAAAAAACUGAAGAACAUUUAUCGAUGUCUCCAUUAAAAAAGUUAAAAGUGUUCUGAGUUACAACUUACAACAAUGGAGAAAGAAAUGGAAGUUGAUAAUUUCAACCCUAAUCCAAGUAAAGCAGAAAAUGGAAAGGUUUUGGUAGUAAUAAUGGUGGGUGCACCAGGCAGCGGCAAGUCCACCUUCUGUGACCUUGUCAUGGGCGCCUCUUCUCGCCGCUGGGCUCGAAUCUGCCAGGACAAUAUUAAUAAGGGCAAAGCUGGAACCAAAGCUCAAUGUAUAAGCACUGCAGUUGUUGCUCUGAAAGACAAAAAAAGUGUAUUCAUUGACAGAUGCAACCUGGACAGAGAACAGCGUGCUGAAUUUGUGAAGCUUGGCAGUUCUGAAGUAGAUGUGCAUGCUGUGGUGCUUGAUUUGCCUGCUAAGCUCUGUAUCUCACGGUUUGUUAAACGUACAGGGCAUGAAGGUAAUUUGCAGGGUGGAAGAGCUGCUGCAGUUGUGAAUAGAAUGCUUCAAAAGAAGGAAUUGCCACAGCUGAGUGAAGGAUUUUCUCGGAUCACCAUCUGCCACAGUGAGAGUGAGGUAGAAGAUACUAUUAUAACCUAUAGAAGACUUAGUGCAGAAGAUGCUCUCCCUUCAGGCUGCUUUGGUCAGAAGACCCCAGAUGCUAAGGUCCAGGUUGGUAUAAUGAAGUUUUUGAAAAAAGCUGACCCUCCUAGUUUGGGUUCUGGUUCAAGUAUGACCCAGAGCUCUUUCUCUAGUAAAUCAGUGAAAGAAUCACAAAUCUGUAGUGAAGGAUCCAAACCUGAUGCCUUUGAAGGGGCCAGUAAUGAGGAGCACAAACAUCAUUUGGUACUGGAGUCUGUUUCUGAUGCUGCGGCUUUGACGAACUCCAAGGAGGAUUCUUCUUCCUUGGACAUAUCUGUCACCUUGGCUUUCCCUUCAAUUUCAACCGCGGACUUUCAGUUUGAUCACGAUAAGGCCUCCGAUAUUAUUCUUGAAACAGUAGAAGAAUAUUCGAGUAAGCUGAAGAAUGCUAGACUUGUUUUGGUGGAUUUGACUCAUAAAUCAAAGAUUUUGUCUUUGGUCAAGUCUAAAGCUGUACAAAGAAACAUCAAUCCUGAAAAAUUCUCCACAUUUGUGGGAGAUGUUACUUGUCUGUAUUCUAAAGGAGGCUUACGCUGCAAUGUCAUUGCCAAUGCUGCUAAUUGGCGACUCAAGCCCGGAGGUGGGGGUGUGAACGCUGCCAUAUUUAGUGCUGCAGGCCCAAGUCUAGAGGUUGCAACCAAAAAAAGAGCCAAUUCUCUUGCUCCAGGAAAGGCUGUAGUCAUUUCUGUCCCCGCUGAUUCACCUUUGUUUAUUAGGGAAGGAGUGACACAUGUCAUUCAUGUUGUUGGACCAAAUAUGAAUCCCCAAAGACCAAAUUGUCUGAAAAAUGACUAUGAUGAGGGCUGUAAAAUCCUUCGUGAGGCUUACUCAUCACUCUUUGAAGGUUUUGCGUCCAUUCUUAAGAGGUCUGAACUGCAGGACCACAGAGGGCAGAGAAAUGAGAAUGCUUCUGAGCAAAGGAUAAAGAGAGAGAUUGUACACGAUGAAGAAAGAAGCAAGAAAAACAAGGGACUGGAGCAUGAAGUUGGAUCUGGUAUCAAUGUUUUGGGGAAGGAGAAGGAGAAGGAGAAACAGAACAAGUCAAAGAGUGCAUCAAAAGCUUGGUCAUCUUGGGCUCAGGCAUUAUACAAUAUAGCAAUGAAUCCUGAGAAGCAUAAGAGCACUGUUAUAGACACGGCGACUGAUGUUGUUGUACUAAAUGAUGCUUACCCAAAGGCAAAACGACACAUUCUUGUGCUUGCUCGUUUGAAUGGUCUGGAUGGCGUUGGAGAUGUGUGCCAAGAACACCUUCAGUUAUUGAGAACAAUGCAGCAAGUGGGCAUAAAAUGGACUGAGAGAUUCUUGCAGGAGGAUGAAUCCCUUAUUUUCCGCCUUGGAUUUCAUUCAGUUCCAUCAAUGAGGCAAUUGCAUCUUCAUGUCAUCAGUCAGGACUUCAACUCGCAGCAUUUGAAGAACAAGAAGCAUUGGAACUCUUUUAACACUGAAUUCUUCCGAGAUGUAGUUGAUGUGAUCGAAGACGUUGAGAAAUUUGGGAAACCCUCAAUACAAGAUGAGGGCCUUCUAUCAAAAGAGUUGCGUUGCCAUCGCUGUAAGAGUGCUCACCCUAAUAUACCACGGCUAAAAUCACACAUAAGCAAUUGUCAAGCUCCCUUUCCUGCCACUCUACUUCAAAAUGGCCGACUAGUACAAGGACAAACUAAAGUAGAUGCAGAUUCUUAGAUAAUGCAGUUUUGGUACAUUUAUUUUGGUUUUCUUGUGUAUAUUGGUUAGUUAUUCAAAGUGAUACGCUUUCAGAAAAAUAGCUGCACACAUGAUGUGAUUUUGUUGUGUAUAUCGGUUAUCGGCUAGUCAAUGAUCUCUCACUCUCAUUUUGUACAUCUUUUUAUUUAAGAGGAAAUCUUACAUGAAGUCUAAACAUUUUCUUUUAAGAAAAUCUUGCAUCUGUUAGUGAAUCGAAUUUGGCUAUAAAUUUAUAACAGGUUUUACUUCCCUCUAAUCUUUUCUUCUAUCUAUAUUACGAAGUAAUUGACAGUCUUGGAGGUAGCAUGUGGCCGAGGGUGAUGCAUGUAGAGUAGAAAGGCUGCAGUAGAAGCAGUGGUCAGGGCCAAUACUUUGAUUUUCGAUACUUGUGAUGGUGGCUUUGGAUGAUCCACAUGGUGUUCUGAGCAGGCUGUAGUGGCGGCUGUGUUCAUAGUGGAUGAGGAGGUCUGCGAUCUUGGGGCUAUUUAUGAGUCCUUGAUUUGCGUAAUUCAAGAAAGUUUGAAGUUUUGGUUAAUGCUAUCCAUCGUUACUUAAAAAAGGAUGUUAUGGAUAUCAUUAUCAUACCUUUCUGGAAAUUAUUCGAGCUCAUCAAAGUUAAGAUUUUCUCCGGUAGCGCCACAGUAAAUCAAAGGCCAAAUCCAGAGGAGGGAGAGAAGGAAAUGGCAUGAGAGGCAAUCGGAGCAAUCUUUCUACAAUUCCAAAACAACACCCCCGCACAAUUAGAUACAACACAUUUGAAUAAAAUCACAAAAUAACCACACAAAAGCAAAAACAAUUUUUUUUUUUUACUUCGCUUCUCUCUCUAGAAACCCCUGUUCUUAUCUUCCACCGCCCCACCGCUUCCUCACUUAUCUCAACCCCUACUCGCCGGCGAUCGGCGCCCCUCUCUUAGCCAUCGCCGGCGAGUGAUACUCUUUACUUUUAGUUUAAUUUUUGUUUUCAUUUUUGGCGUUUUCAAGCAAAGAAACAGAAGAGUUGCAAAUUGGUUUUGUUUUUCGAGUUCAUUGUGGAUUCAUUCAAGUUUUGGUGUGUCAUCAAGUGUUUAAGAAUCUAAUUUUCCAACGAAUUGAGGAGCCAAGGCUAUUCUUAACGCCGCCGUUGAAAGGAAUUUGGUUAUUUGUUUCCCGACGGUAAAGGUGAAGUUAAGACUAGGGUUUACUCCCUUAAUCAUAGGUUUGAUUAAGGGGAGGCGGUCUUCUUGCGUUGGCCUUGAUGACUAGUUGUUGGGUACAGUUUUGAUUCUUCCGAUGAGGUAGCCUACUGGUUCUAUUUGCUUCUCCAGGACUCACGGGUGGAUUUGUGGGUAUUAGUUGGUUUUCUUUGCUUCAGUCAGUUGUUUUGUUUUAGUUUCAGUUAUGUUUUACUCUAGCUUUUUUUUUUUUUUUUUUUUUUUUUUUUUUUUUUUUUUGCAUAGUUUGUUUGUUUUGUUGUUUGGGUUUGUGUAUUUCAAUAAUACUCUUUCUCUUCGUGUUCAUGAGUUGGAGUUUCAUAGGAUAGUUCUAGUUAUGGAAGCUUUUGAAGUGUUGUUGUUCUUGGAGUUGGGCUGGUCGUGUUUCCCCUUGUGUUUAAGGGAUGUAAGUUUAGGCAGUGACUGGCUUGUGGGUUUGUGGUCCUUUGGGUUACCUUUUCAGGAUGGGACUAUGUUUCCCUAGGAAUUAGAAGUCUUCGGGUGAGGGGGAGCUUUAGGAUUGAAUGUGUGUUUCCCUUCUGCAGUUUGGGAGGUAUGCUGUGUUUUGUUUUCUAGGGGGUAGUGUUAUUUGUGCAGGCAAAAGGUUUAGCCUGCAUUUGGUGUCUACAGGAGGAGGGUGGUUUUGCGGGGAGAGGUUUGUUUGCUUUUCCUGUUGCUUUUAGGUUGUGGGAUGAUUUGGGUAUUCAUUCAGUUACUAUCAUCCCAUUAUUGGUGUUGGUGAUGACAGAGAUAGUCAUCAUAGAUUAAUCUAAAUCUUAAAGGAGGCUCCCCAUUUUUAAUGUUUGGGGUAAGUAAAGUCCUCCAUUUUCUUAGACUCUCCAUUAGUAGAGUAGCAGGAAAGGAACCUGCAUUUUGGUGCAAGGUUUCUCAUGGCAGAGUCGUUCAAACACACGACUCUCUUGGUUUUGUUCCUGGACUCCUAGGAAGUAGCUAUGCUUUUCGUUCCUUAGGAGUGGAAUCGUGUCAAGUGUCUUUUUUUGAACAGCAGGAUGCAUUUAAUUUUCUGUCGUCGUUUCAUCUCUCCACAUCUUCCAUCGCAAAUUGGCUUAGGAGCCAUUGCAGGUUUCGGUUCUCUUCAACCUGCAUUCAAUGUCCAUCUCGAGGUUUCCGGGUCAUCUGGCAAUUCUCGGUCCGCGAUAAGGUUUUGGUAAGGUUUUUAUGAUUAUCCAGGCUCCAGAGUAAUUGGUAUGGUGCAAGGCUUUUCGGGUUAUAUCAUACACUUCAUUCUUCCUCCACGAGGUGUUCUUUUGCUGUGUAUGUGUUUAAGUUGGAAAACUUCUUUGAUGUCAACAACGCGAGAAAUUCACAAACCGAAAUACUAAUAAAAAUGAAGCUUUAACUAGGAAAAAAAAGGGACUAUUGAAAAUCAAAGGCGAAGAGUUAUUGUGGCUACUAUUGGUUUUGUUCACAACAAAUUUAAUAACUUCCUGUUUAUAUAUCACCAUGGUAAUGAUACUGCUUACAUUCUUCUCUAUGUUGAUGAUAUUGUUCUUAUUACCCCUUCAGAGUCUCCGCUGAGUCUCCGCUGACAAGUGAUUUCACAACUUAGCUUUGAAUUUGCGAUGCAAGACUUGGGUAAAUUGAGCUAUUUUUUGGGUAUUGUUGUAUCCCGGGAUAAGAAUUGUUUAUUUCUAUCUUAAUAUAAAUAUGCUCAGGAAAUUCUUGAAAAAGCAGGCAUGGCUAAUUGCAAAUCGCCUUCUACUCCUGUUGACUCUAAAGGGAAAUUGAGUACUCAUUUUGGUACUACAUAUGAUGAUCCGACGUCUUACCGUCGUUUAUGUGUGCUUUGUAGUAUUUAACUAUCACAAGACUAGAUAUAACAUAUGCAGUGCAACAAGUCUGUUUGUUUAUGUACGCUACUCGAGUAGAGCACAUGAAUGCGUUGAAAUGCAUACUUCGCUAUAUUCAAGGUAUGUCAGAUUUUGGUUUGCACUUAUAUAGGUCAUUUGUUUCUUCCCUACUGUCAUACACAGAUGUCGAUUGGGGCGGGUGUCCGGACACUCGUUGGUCUACAUCAGGGUACUGUGUCUUCCUUGGUGAUAAUUUGAUCUCUUGGUCUUUGAAACGACAACCCACUUUGUCUAAGUCUAUUACUGAAGCUGAAUACAUAGGGGUUGCUAAUGUUGUUUCCGAAUCCCGUUGGGUUCGAAAUCUGUUGCUAGAGCUCAAAUGUCCUAUUUUGAAAGCAUCACUAGUUUAUUGCAACAAUGUUGGUGCCAUUUAUUUCUCUAGUAAUCCGCACAACAUCAGCGCCCUAAACAUAUUGAGAUGGACAUACACUUUGUUCGUGAGAAAGUUCAAUGAGGUGAAGUUCGUGUCCUACAUGUGCCAUCCCGAUAUUAGUGUAGAUUGCAAACAUUUUCACUAAAGGUCUGCCUAAGGUUUUAUUUGAUGAUUAUUUUGGGACAGUCUCAGCGUUCGCAAACCUCCCGUUUCGCCUGUGGGGGUGUGAUAAAUUAUGCAAAUAAUCUAAUUUUGUAAAUAAUAUUUUUGCAUAUUAUUUUGUGUAUAUCUUUAGUUAGUUUUACCUAGCUAGCUUAACCUAGUAUACUGAUGUAUAUAUUUGAAUGUUUAAUCAAUGAGAAAGGCACGACAAACAUUUUCCAUA